UCAGACACACUUUGCGGAUACAGAACAUCAUCAUCCUCGUCAUCUGCCGGAUCUUCUCCCUCCACUUUUAUGUCUGACGAAUUUGUUGACUUUUUAUUAUAUGGAAUUAGAAGCGUUUGCAAUCCACCGGACGGAAGUCCCAAAGUGGUGAUAAUAAUGUGAAGAUUUACCUUUAAACAAUUCUUUUGGAUCAACGAUGAAAAGUUUGUUUGUCCUCGUCUUGUUUUUCUUAAGGACUCUCCUGAUGGCUGAUGGCCGCCACCCCACCUGUAACUUCCUGCUGGAGGUGGAGGAAGACCACGCUGAGUGUUUGAAGAGACUGAAGGACGAAGAGCGAGAAAGACAACACAAAGAAGCGGGCUGCAAAGGAGUGUGGGACAACAUCACGUGCUGGGAGCGCACCGGCAUUGGACAGACCUCCACCAUCCCCUGUCCCCGCGUCCUCAAGACCAUCUUUGGAACUAACGGAAACAUCAGCAGGAACUGCACGGCAUCGGGAUGGUCCGAGGUCUUCCCUAAUAUCGCCAGGGCGUGUGGGUCAGACACCAGUCAAAACAAGCUGGUGUUCUACGUGCUGGUGCAGACAUUGUACACGCUGGGUCACAGCCUGUCACUCAUCGCUCUGACCACAGGAAGUGCUGUCCUAUGCCUCUUCAGGAAGCUCCACUGCACCAGGAACUACAUCCACCUCAACCUUUUCUUCUCCUUCAUCCUGAGGGCCGUGGCCGUGCUGGUCAAGGACAACAUCCUCUUCAGCCACACAUCCUCCUGUUCUAGUCAGCCGUCACUGGUGGCUUGUCGAGCCAGUCUGGUCUUCUUGCAGUACUUCAUCAUGGCCAACUUCUUCUGGCUGCUAGUGGAGGCCUUGUACCUUCACACGCUCCUGAUGGUCAUCUUUUCAGAGAACAGACACUUUGUCAUCUACAUGUUCAUUGGCUGGGGAAUUCCGACAGUGUUUGUCUUCACUUGGGUGAUGAUGAGGAUUUACCUGGAGGACACAGGAUGCUGGGAGAGGAACGACAACCCGAUACCAAACUGGGUCAUCAAUGGACCCAUUGGACUUUCUAUUUUGGUCAGCUUCAUUCUCUUCAUCAGCAUCAUUCGGAUCCUGGUACAGAAACUGCAAUGUCCCGAAGUGGGCGGCAACGACCACUCACAGUAUGGAAGGUUGGCCAAGUCCACGCUCCUGCUCAUCCCCCUUUUUGGGAUUCACUACGUGGUCUUUGUCUCGCUCACGGAAUCCAUAGCUCAGGACUACAAGAUCUUUUUUGACCUGGCCCUUGGAUCCUUCCAGGGUCUGGUGGUGGCCAUUCUCUACUGUUUCCUAAAUAGUGAGGUGCAAGGUGAGCUGAAGAGGAAGUGGCGUAGUGUGUGUCUCAACUGCCGUCUGAACCGGGCCCAGCGCCUCAGCAUCACUUUGGCCUCCAGGAACGGUUCUGAACCCAUGGUGCAGUUUCAACGCACGUCCAGAACUCAGUCCAUCCUGCAGUCGGAGACUACUGUGCUCUGACCAUCAAGAAGCUUGAUUAGGCCGGCUGGACCUUUAUGUCUAACUUAAAGAACUGCACGGCUCGGACCUGUACAGCUGCCCUAGUAAGGUUCUUAACGGUCUAACUGAAAGCCAACAUCAUCACUGAGGUCACUUUUAUGUGGUUAGUUAUGUAGUAUUUAUUUAGCAGUGACUGAAGAUUGUAUGAAUAAGAACAAGUCAUUCUACUUCAUAUGUACACGGAUGCAUGCAUGCAUCCCACAAUGCAUUGGACAAUGGCAACAGGUACUUGUUUUGUUGGCGGUUGGGUCUGACCAAUCACAUUCAGAGCAUAAGAAGAGGCCCUUUCUGGUCAGACCAUUUUUUUGCUUUUUACCUGUCCAAUCAAAUGUUGGAAAAAAAAUGUUUUUGAUGGGGCUGCACGGCGGUCGAGUGGUUAGCGCACAGACCUCACAGCUAGGAGACUAUCAAGCUUUUCUUUCUUACAACUAGACCUGUCACGCUAAUCAAUAAAUUAAUUAAUCGCACGAUAAAUAAUAAAGUCCAUAAUUUUGCCGGCGUUCAAUCCCACCCUCGGCCAUCUCUGUGUGGAGUUUGCAUGUUCUCCCCAUGCAGGUUUUCUCCGGGUACUCCGGUUUCCUCCCACAUUCCAAAAACAUGCUAGGUUAAUUGGCCACUCCAAAUUGUCCAUUAUGAAUGUGAGUGUGAAUGGUUGUUUGUCUAUAUGUGCCCGGUAGAAAAUUAAUGAAUGAUUUUGAUGGAUUUUGCAUCUUUAGAAGGAAUUCUAUCAUUGUUAUUGUUGAUUGUUAUUAUGUGAAGCUUUUCGUCUACAGUAUUUGGUCAAAAAAGUUCAUUCCAGUUCUUAAUUUAGUCACAACAUUGAAGAUUUUUUUGUACAGUUGUCGAUGGGGAAGAAAGAUAGUGUGCUUAGAACUGAAUCUUGUGGAACGCCAACAUUGACGUUGUUCCCUACAGGGUUUCAUUUUCAGGUGAUUAACAAAAGGAUGCUGGUUGGAAAACACAUCUUUCCAUCCUAGUUCAGCCUUAACAAGCUUGACAAGUGUGUUAUAAACUGUAAAUAUGUCUACUGUCAUGUAAAUGAAAAUAUGUCUAAUGUCAUGUAAAUGUAAAUAUGUCUAAUGUCAUGUAAAUGUAAAUAUGUCUAAUGCCAUGUAAAUGUACGUAAAUAUGUCUAAUGUCAUGUAAAUGUAAAUAUGUCUAAUGUCAUGUAAAUGUAAAUAUGUCUAAUGUCAUGUAAAUAUAAAUAUGUCUUCUGUCAUGUGUG